AUGCCCCGGACCAGGCAGGGCAGCCGCCAAGGGUCGUCUGCUCGUCAGGGGUCGACUCGCCGUGCUCGCACCUCCAGAGCCGGGCUGAUUCUGUCUGUGAGUCUGGUGGAACACCUUCUUCGGGAGGCCGGCCAUGCCGCGCGACUGAGCGAAACGGCGCCCAUCAUGCUGACCGCCAUCCUGGAGUUCCUGGUCCGCAGAGUGCUGGAGCUGGCAAUCAGCGAGGCCCAGCGCCGAGGUGCCCAGAUGUAUAUCACCCCGGAGCUGUUGGACUUCACUGUCUACAACAACACGCUCCUCAGCGAACUGUUCCAGUCCACCACCAUCUCUCAGGUGGCUCCGCCUGAUCCUGGUCGUCGUCGUAGUAGUCGUCGACGUCAGUGA